CCUGCUUCCUCAGGAGGCCGACGUCCCGCUGGCACUCCUCCUCCUCCCAGUGGGCGCGCAGGUAGUCCCUCAGGUUGUCUCUGACGUAGGGGAACAAGGUCUCCUGCACGAAGGCGAUGGGGGUGGUGGUGCCCUCCACGUCCAGCAGGAUGGCGCGCACCCCGGCCGGCACCGGCAGCACGCCCAUGGCGGCGGGAGGCGGCGGGCAGGGAGGGGGGGGGGGUGGAGCGCGGGUGUGCGAUGCGGGCGGGCGCCGCCGGGGGGCGCUGUGCGGCGGCGCGCGGCGGGCGGCGCUGAUUGGCUGCCGCCGCGGCUAUAUAAGGGCGGGGCGGGCGGCGCCCGGCUCUCUUCCGCCGCCAUUUUCUGCGCCGAGCGGGUCUCCGCCGAGCCUCCCCCUCGCAGCAGCCCCCGCCAUGGAGGACGCCACCGAGAUGAGCGGCGGCCCGGAGGAGUUCGCCGAGGGCUCCAAGAUCAACGCCAGCAAGAACCAGCAGGACGACGGGAAGAUGUUCAUCGGCGGCCUGAGCUGGGACACCAGCAAGAAGGACCUGACCGAGUACCUGUCCCGCUUCGGCGAGGUCGUGGACUGCACCAUCAAGACGGACCCGGUGACCGGGCGCUCCCGCGGCUUCGGGUUCGUGCUCUUCAAGGACGCGGCCAGCGUGGAGAAGGUCCUGGAACUGAAGGAGCACAAACUGGACGGGAAGCUAAUAGACCCCAAGAGAGCAAAAGCCCUCAAGGGGAAGGAGCCACCGAAAAAGGUGUUUGUUGGUGGGCUGAGCCCGGAUACGUCGGAAGAACAGAUAAAGGAGUACUUCGGUGCUUUUGGCGAGAUUGAAAACAUUGAGCUUCCCAUGGACACCAAGACGAACGAAAGGAGGGGUUUCUGCUUUAUUACAUACACAGAUGAAGAGCCCGUCAAGAAGCUGCUAGAAAGCAGAUACCAUCAAAUUGGUUCAGGCAAGUGUGAGAUCAAAGUAGCACAGCCCAAAGAGGUGUACAGGCAACAGCAGCAGCAACAGAAAGGAGGAAAAAGCAAUGCUUCUGGUGGACGAGGUGGUGGAAGGGGGCGUGGACGGGGUCAGGGACAAAACUGGAAUCAAGGAUUUAAUAACUAUUAUGAUCAAGGAUAUGGAAACUACAAUAGUGCUUACAGUGAUCAAAGCUACAGUGGCUAUGGAGGAUAUGACUACUCUGGGUACAACUAUCCCAAUUAUGGAUAUGGGCCGGGAUACACAGAUUACAGUGGUCAACAAAGCACGUAUGGAAAAGCAUCCCGUGGUGGCGGCAAUCACCAAAACAACUACCAGCCAUACUAAAGCAGUACCUAGUCCUUGAGGAAACAGCGGGAACUUCAUUGCAGGCCGUGUGUCACCCUGACCACGUCUAUCUCUGGGGUCGCACGUUGCAGGCAGAGCGCAAGGCAUACACCAGAAAACGCUGUCCUGUGGUAUGGUCUCUUCCAACUUCAUGUACCAGCGUAAAGAUUAAAGUGGAAAACUUCAGACUUUGGCUUCUUUUUUAAUCUUUUUGGAGAUUUAAGUGUCUUAACUUAAAUGGUUUUUUACAGGAGUUAAAGUACAUAAAUGCCUUUACAGCUUAAUCAUUUGGUCUUCUGUUUAGUGUUGUAUUUCAAUUGUGGAACCUCAUUUUAAGUGUGCAUUGUUUAAGAUUUAAUGCUUGCUUUUUUCUUUUUAUAGCUAAUAGUGAAAUCUGCAAACCAAAACGAACUUUUAAAUCUGGAAAGACAUUAAAGAUCAUAUGCACGUGGACUGUUGGAAGUAAAAUGAGAUCUGAUUUGCCUUUGCGCAGCUGUUGCUGAGGCGGAUAAGCACAUGAUUGGGAAGCCCCUUCUUGGCGGUGUUUCCAGUGGAAAAUCUGGUUCAGAGCCUGAUUAACCAUAAAAUUGGGAUAUGUGUAGUUCUGGAACAGCUUCCCGAAUGGGCCAAGUGGCUAGAUUUGGGAAGACAAAUUUUUGACGGGUAACAAAACCUUGUGUUACCUUAGGAAAUAUGCAUAUGAUCUUUAACAGUGACGAAAGGAAUAUAUAGAAGACUUAAAGCAGUUCAUGAAAAUGGACCUUUUAACGAUUCUUGUAGUACCUUGCGGAGUUCUGACAUGCAUUUUGUCUUGGUUUUUUAGGUGGAGAUGCUGCAGCAAAGCCAUCUUGCAGAGCAUUGUGUGCGAGCGGAGGGUGGUCUUCGUGAGAGGAAAUGACUAUUUUGUAAAGACUUUUAGUGUACGACACAACUGUGUCCAACUGUAUAUAGCGGCCGGCUAGUUUUCUUUUAUGGUUUUUACUUUCUUUUUGCCAUUCAUGUUAUGACACAACGUGGACGUGUGUUUAUACAAACUUUUAUUUGUAUAAUUUCAUGUUAAAGGAUUCUCUUAAUAAAUGCUUCCCGAAGUGAA